UUGGUGCGGCGGCUCAGACGGCAGAAGGGGAAGGCGGCCCCGUCGGCCCGUCCGCCGCUUCGCCCUCCGUCGGAGGAUGAGGAGCCCCCCGAGGAGCUGUCGUUCGGGCACGGCCAGGCGCGGAGGCCGAGGCGAGAGAAGCUCGUGGGGGAGGCGGCGCGGAGGCACCGGGAGCUGCUGAAGGAGAAGCGGCGGCGGCGGCAGGAGCUGUUCACGGAGCAGAAGAGAAGGGAAGCUGCUGCCCGAGCCCUGCUGCAGGAGCUGGCCGCAGCCCCGCCUGCUAGAGCAGAUGAGCCGAGCCCCCCUGCUGCACCAGAUAAUGAUCCAGAAGGGGAAUCUGCAGAGCAGAGCGAAACUGACAUCCCACGACAGGUCAAGAAAGACAAAGCAGGAGGCACCAGGACAAAAGGAAACUAUAUUGCUGUGCGCUUGAAAGAUGAGAACAUAGCAGGCCUCCACCAGCAAACAGCAAAAGACUUCAUACACAGUCAACUCUAUGGCCCAGGCACCAACCGAACGAGCGCAAAUGAAUUUUUUUCCAUUGCAAACAAGAAAGGCUCCGUUAAAAAAGCUGCCGUUCAGUUUGUGGACAAAUCUUGGGGGCUAGAGAAAAAGGAAAGAGCAACAAAGUUCACAAAAUACUGGGUCGCAAAAAAGGUGACAUGUGCACUCUGAAGACAGCUCUCAGAAGAUGCUCUCAAAGGACGCGUGCUGGAAGUUAAUUUCUCAUCACCUAUAUGUAACAGGCAUCAUCCACCCCCACCCUUUGCCAUCGUUACUACUCUCUUUCACAGUUUCUGGCAACAGUUUCACAGAGUGGUCCUGGUUCCUACCUUCCCUGGCAGAAGCUGUUGGGGGAGCUAACAAACACUGCUGGGUUGCAGCUGUGAUGGCAUAUCCUUCAGGGGCUCUUAGAAAGCCAUCUCACAGAGCUGGAUGUCGUUCCAUGAGGCAGCAGCUCAAGUGCAAAGAAUAAAGAUGAAUUAUUUCUUA